AAGCCACCAGGUCGCUCCAGUUUGGUGCUAGCGCCUGGAGGGAGAGGCGUGGCGAGGGCUGUGCAGCCUAGGAUCCACUGAGGAGCUCUCGCUGGCGUCUCAACUGCGCAGGAACCAGCGCUGGGAGGCUCGGCUGGAGGUGUGACCAGGGCAGGGACCGACCUGGCCCGGAACAGAAGCGCGCAGAGUCCCAUCCUGCCACGCCACGAGGAGAGAAGAAGGAAAGAUACAGGGUUAGCAAAGAGGCCUCCCUCGCCCCUACGACCCGCGCCCCCGCGCCUCGCUUCAGCCUCAGGACAGUCCCGCCGGGACGGUGAGAGCAUUCAGCACCCUGGACAGCACCGCGGUUGCGCUGCCUCCAGGGCGGCCCCGGGCUGCUCCGGCUCCGCAGAGGGACGCCCUCCCCGCGGGUGCCCCGGACCCCGCACUCGCCGCCGCUUUCCUCGCGCUGCUCUGGGCCUUGUCGGCCUGCUCUGCGCCUCCCGGAAGCCGUGGGCGCGCCGCUCAGCCGCUCCAUCGCCUCACUUUCCCAGGCUCACGCCCGAAGCAGAGCCAUGAGAACCCCAGGGUGCCUGGAGAGCCGCUAGCGCCAUGGGCCCCGGCGACGCACUGCUGGCGGGGCUGCUGGUGAUGGUACUGGCCGUGGCGCUGCUAUCCAACGCACUGGUGCUGCUUUGUUGCGCCUACAGCGCUGAGCUCCGCACUCGCGCCUCGGGCGUCCUGCUGGUGAAUCUGUCGCUGGGCCAUCUGCUCCUGGCGGCGCUGGACAUGCCCUUCACGCUGCUCGGUGUGAUGCGCGGGCGGACACCGUCGGCGCCUGGCGCAUGCCAAGCCAUUGGCUUCCUGGACACCUUCCUGGCAUCCAACGCGGCGCUGAGCGUGGCGGCGCUGAGCGCAGACCAGUGGCUGGCCGUGGGCUUCCCGCUGCGCUACGCCGGACGCCUGCGACCGCGCUAUGCUGGCCUGCUGCUGGGCUGUGCCUGGGGACAGUCUCUGGCCUUCUCGGGCGCUGCACUUGGCUGCUCGUGGCUUGGCUACAGCAGCGCCUUCGCGUCCUGCUCUCUGCGCCUGCCGCCCGAGCCUGAGCGUCCGCGCUUCGCAGCCUUCACCGCCACGCUCCAUGCCAUGGGCUUUGUGCUGCCGCUGGCGGUGCUCUGCCUCACCUCGCUCCAGGUGCACCGGGUGGCACGCAGCCACUGCCAGCGCAUGGACACCGUCACCAUGAAGGCGCUCGUGCUGCUCGCCGACCUGCACCCCAGUGUGCGGCAGCGCUGCCUCAUCCAGCAGAAGCGGCGCCGCCACCGCGCCACCAGGAAGAUUGGCAUCGCUAUUGCAACCUUCCUCAUCUGCUUUGCCCCAUAUGUCGUGACCAGGCUGGCAGAGCUCGUGCCCUUCAUCACCGUGAAUGCCCACUGGGGCAUCCUCAGCAAGUGCCUGACCUACAGCAAGGCGGCGGCCGACCCGUUCACAUACUCUCUGCUCCGCCGGCCGUUCCGCCAAGUCCUGGCCGGCAUGGUGCACCGGCUGCUGAAGAGAACCCCGCGCCCAGCAUCCACCCAUAACAGCUCUCUGGAUGUGGCCGGCAUGGUGCACCAGCUGCUGAAGAGAACCCCGCACCCAGCGUCCACCCACAACAGCUCUCUGAACACAGAGAAUGAUUCCCGCCUGCAGCAGACACACUGAGGGCCUGGUAGGGCUUAUCGCCCCCACCUUCUAAGAGGCCCUGUGGAAAGGGCACUGGCCCUGCCACAGAGACGCCACUGGGGACCCCCAGACACCGGCGGCUUGACUUUGAGCUGAGGCUGAAGUACAGCAGGAGGAGGAGGAGAGGGCCGGAUGUGGGUGUGGACAGCAGGAGCGGCGGCGGAGAGCUCCGGGCUCGGCCACCUGGCUGCUGGGUGGCCCCGGGACAGUGGCUUCCCUCUCUGAGCCUCAGCUUCCUCACCCUUGUUCUGGGGUCAUGGCGAUGCUUCGAGACGGUGGGUAGGGAAGUGCCCUGUGUGGCAUCUGGUACCCGUGGGCGUCCUGUGAGUGACUGCUGUUCAUGUGGGUGAGGUGGUCACUCUUGCUCAGGGUCUGUUCUGCAGCCCAGGUGGACACCUGUUUCCCCAACCUGGUAAUUAGCAUUGCUCCGUUUUGUUAUCGGCAUUGCCCAGGUUUGGGAGAUAAAUACCGGGACAGAGUCUGGUUGGGGGCUCCCAGAGCUCACAUCUGAUAGUCUGUGGUCAGGGCCCGGCAGGCAGGGGCAGUCCCUGGGACGUGCCCAUCUCUGGAAGCCUAGAGGUCCCCAGCUCCAGGCCUGUCCGCUGUGACUGCCUGUGUGGGCACGCAGUUGGAGCCUGUCUCCUGCCUCCCUUUCUGUGGUUUGCCAGAGGUUUGGCAUCUUGACUGAGGAGGAUGUGGAGUCUGUGUGCUCAGAGCCUUUUCUGGUGAAGAUAUCAUCAGAGCAUCCUCCCCCCGAAGGCCACUGCUGGGCCUCUGGAUCCUAGACAUGAGACGGUCAAGAGAUUGAAGUGGUAGCCAGGGCCCAGGUGUCCAGAGAGGGUAGCCCAGGAUGGGGAGGGCCCUUGCUCCCCAACAGCAGUGCUGGGGGAGCCAAGAGAAGGUGGAGCAUCCCUGAGUAGCGGUGUGCAUCACCCCCAGUUUAGUAAUCAGGGGGUGCCAUUCCCCGGUGGGGGCACCCACCAUCAAUGUCAUUGAAUGUCCCCGUGGGACAGUGUUGAGGACUUUUGUGCACAUCUGUCCUAUUUCACAGCUCAGGGAAAGGUGCACAGUGCACACGGGCCCCCGGUGGAGAGGUGUGUGUGCGAAUGAAUGAGCGAGUGAAUGGACACGAUUCUCUCUUCAGCCUCUGUCAUUGCUGUUUUCUUCAAGGCCCAGGGCCAUCCCCUGCAGAGGUAGGGUGGGCUGCAAGACCUCAGGCCCCUGCCUCAUGGGACUUUCUGAUGGGCUUCACCCAUGGGCUCUUGCAGGCGUGGAGCCUGUAUCGUGACACCCUACACCCAAGGCCAGCAAUGCAGGGAGAGCGUGGACAUCAAAUUCUUUCCUUCCAGAGGCUGAAUUCUUCAAAGACACAUGUGGCUGUCACUUGCUCUUGGCAUUAACAGUGGAGAACCCAGCUGAGGUGGCUUCACAGAUUCUUCCCCAAAAACACAGGUGUUACUAUUAUACUUUUAAAAAACUUUUUGAGACAGGAUCUGACUCUGUUGCCUAGGCUAGAGUGCAGUGGUGCAAUCUCAGCUCACUGCAGCCUCCACCUCCCAUGCUCAAGCCAUCCUCCCACCUCAGCCUCCUGAGUAGCUGAGGACACAGGCACAGGACACCAUGCCUGGCUAAUUUUUGUGUUUUUUUGUAGAGAUGGAGGUCUCACUUUGUUGCCCAGGCUGGUUUUGAAUUCCUGAGCUUAAGUGAUCCACCCACCUCAGCCUCCCAAAGUGCUGGGAUUACAGGUGUGAGCCACCGCGCCCAGCCAAAACCAGGUAUUAUUUGCUGACUCACCAGUGCCUCCCCGAAAAGGAUAAAUUUAAAAGUGUGUAUAACUCAUGAAGUAUAAUUCAAAUAAAACAAGUUAUCAUUUGGAAUAAUAGCAACUAUACGUAUGUGGUCAGGAAGCAGUUAAAAACAUUAAAACACAGACCUGGCCAGUUCAAUCAAACCCAGGGGUUCCAGGCAGGAGGUGGGGCAGGUGGGCAUCAUGCCCUGGCUCACGGAGGCACAGGUGGGCGUCAUGCCCUGGUUCACAGAGGGCACAUGAACUUGAGACCCUGCUGCACCCCGGUGCCCCUGUGCUUACAAGGGAGGGCACUUGAAUAGCAGAAGCAGGUUGGUCCCCGUUUAAAGCUCCAGAGCCCAGGCUGUGAGCUCCUUGGCUGAGCCCUCUCCUGUCCCUGGGAGCUCCCCAGGUGCAAGGAGUCUGCCAUCCGGUGGGGCCUACAUUCUGUGUUACUGCGUCUCCGCCAGGCUAAAAUCCUUGGUCACUACUUUAGAGCCACUCAAGGAAACGCGUGCACCCUGCCCUGCUGGAAGGCACCAUGGUUAGAGGGAGGUACGCUGUUUCUUAGAGACGGGGACUGCUUGCUGUCAUGUUUCGCCUUCCUCGGAAGAUCCAUGGAAUGUUCUGGAGCAGGCCUCUUAGGGCAUUCCCUCCGCACUUCUCUGCCAGCCCAUGUGGCUCCCACACUGGGCUGUCCCUUGCCUUAGGCUUGUGGCCUUUUUUUUUUUAAUUUGAAAAAUAUUUUUCAUGUGCACUUAAACGUGUUGCAGAAUGAUGCUGGGUCUCAAGAAUGCUGUGAAUCAAUAAACAUUUUAUUCAGA